CCUGGAACAGCAAAUUCAACUGUCAUUUGGUGGAGGGAACAUGGAGGUGGUACUGAGGUGGAAUUUUUCGUGGUGUGUAUUCUGUAAAUAUGUGCUUCGGAAUGACGUGACCUGGACGGGAGGCUGUUAUAAGGAUUGAUGAUCGAGGCAGGUGAACAUUCGACGGUGAGGAGGACGUUCAGGAGUGUGGAGAUGAAGGCCUUUGGUAUUUUCUGGGGAAUUCUCUUGGGGAGUCUCUGGGUCAUGGAGAUCAAUGCCGAGUGCAAUUACGAGGGACGUAAAUUGAAAGUUGGCGUCCACAACAUCACCUGUGGCACACUCACUUGCCACGAGGAUGGCACUAUGUCGGCUGUAGGGUGCGGAGACGAAGCCUGUGCUCCGGGAAAACAAAUUGGGUAUAAACCGCAAGAUGACAGCAAAGUUUUUCCCGAAUGUUGUGCGAGGCCUAUUUGUGCAGAGUAGGCACAGAUCGCAUGUGCAAUUAGACUAUUUUUAGUAUUCAAUUUGUAAACAUCAAUAAAUCGUGAUGGAAGAGAUA